UUGCACUCAUGGAAAAUGGCUGACAGACUUCGAGCUCUUUUUAUGCUGACACCAGAGCGAGUAAGGCAUGAUGGGUACGAUACCAGUGACACAUUCAGUGACGGCGGAGUCACUGAGGAGGAGAGUGAGCCUGAACAGAAAAUGCCGACAAGAACAGUCAGGAAGAAGUCCAUCAGACCUCCGCCAGUGGAUCACAGCGGGGACUCUGAGGAUGAGAUUUUGGACAUCCCUCCAGACAACUCCCCUGCCAACUCCGUCACCAGUAUAAACUCCAUGAAUUCCAUAUCCAGUCUUCUCAAGGAAAAGAUAAUGAUGACGUUUCCACGAGCUAUCCGCCACAAGAAACCCAAAGAGUAUAAACUCCAAGGGUUUGUCAGUUUAUUGUUCCUUACCGUUGUUUUCCUGGUGGGUUUCGCUCAUGUCUUCUACCACCAACAAGUCCUUCAGAGAGCUUAUUUCGACCGAAUUCGAUUCAACAAUAAGGAGAGGCUUGUGAGGGUUUACAAUUUUGAGGGCUUAGAGAUAGCUCUGGGUUACUUGGCUACAGAACUGCCUGAGACAGACCGCGUCUUCAACUGUCUCCCAGAGGAUGAGAGAAAUGAUGGUUCAGUGUGCAUGGAGUGGAUGAACCUGGCUCGUCUGUACCUGAGCUACUCUGAAAAUGCAGGACUACGCUGUUACCGCUUCGUCUGGCUCAGCCAGGAUCCUGCCGUCAGGCCCACGGACUGCUAUGAAGACGGUGACAACUAUGGGCACUGGUAGGUUCCC